CCUGCGCGACCAACUGUGUGGGAAACAACACCGACAACAGCGACAGCUUUUCCACAAUGUUGCUCCACAAAAGUGUCGAACUUCGCUUCCGGUUGUGACUGAUGUGAUGGACAGUGCCAGACGUCCUGCUGAGCCCUGGAGAAGCUGUAAGCUGAUGAUUGACCCUGCUUUAACCAACGGGCUCUACAAAGUGUACCGUUACGAUGGACAGCACUUCAACUUACCGGUGGAGGACUUAGGUCUGGUCCCUGUGGAGGCGGUCAGAGAUCCUCGCAUCUGCAGACUAUGGAGCCAAAGCAACAACGUGGAGCUCCUGCUUUCUAGGUUCAAGGUUGAUGAAUGGUACGUCGGCCCUGUGCCUCCCAAAGAAGUGACCUUUUCCCGGCUGAAUGACAACGUGAACGAGGCGUUCCUCACUAACAUGUGCAAUAUCUACGGGAACGCUGAGGAGGUGGAAAUAUUUUAUAACCCGAAGAACAAGAAGCACUUAGGGAUCGCAAAGGUGGUCUUCGACACGGUGAGAGCUGCGAGAGAAGCCGUGCAGCACCUCCAUCAGACCUCAGUGAUGGGAAAUGUUAUCCACGUGGAAAUAGAUCCUAAAGGUGAAAACAGGGCGCGGCAUCUGCAGCUGCUCUCCCGAGGCUUUUACACUCCGUGCACGCUGCCAGUGGGCAGCAGCGAGCCAACGCUUCAGAGCUUAAUCGACAGUCUGCUGGGCAGUGCAGCCAAUCAGCGGCAGGCGAGCAGCUUAAGCCCCACCCUGUCUCUGGACACAGCCUACUCCAGUAUUUGGCAGGACACGCCGGGCAGCUUCGGGCUCACCCCUCGCUCUCAGGGAACUCCCUGCUUCUCCCAGGACUCGUGUUACUCCAGUCUGCAGGCGACUCCCGUCCUGCAGGGGGAGCCCUCCGUCUCCGUCUUCAGUGUUCACAACACCUUGAGACGUAAACUCGCGUCGAGGUUUCACAGCAGACGAUCCGCCGAGGACCCGGACGUCUUUUUAAAGCAUUACAACAUCACAACCAGCAGACAGCAGCUCGCUCUGUGCAGUCACAACGCGCAAUCCUCCACUCACAACAACACAGACUUCGCCUCCCCCGCUCAGGAGUCCACGGACGGGUUCGGGGUCACCGGUACGUCUCCAGACUCUUUCAGCAUCCUGAGAUUUAACUUCACAGCCGCCCAGCAGACGGCUGCUUCCUCGCCACCACGGCAACACGAACGCGUCACAGACGGUUCCUCCGAGAGUUUGGACUCCCGUAUUGAGAGUUUGCUGACAAACAGCCAGACUGAACCGUCCCACUUGGACAGGAGGACUUUAACGUUUCUGGAUCAGGAUCAGGACAGUCCGACCUCGCCGCUCUCAGACGACUCGCUUGUUUGCACUUCCUGUGACAUCACAACCGGCUGCCAUUGCCACGACGAUGUGGAGGACGUCGGUGCGUUGUCGCUGGAGGAUGAAACUGCUCAAGCUGUUUUGUUUCUAACGAGAAACUCCUCCCAGUCUCCGUCUGAUUCCACUCAAAAGAUUCACAGAGACACGGGGCAUCGUGCAGCGAAUGAAGACGGGGAGCCCAGACGGUGCCAGAUCUCCCCGGUUCCUCCGGCUCCGUCCGCUCACCUCCCCCCUUCCAUCGCUCCUCCAAACUUUAAAUCUGUCUUCUACCAUCCACCCGUCCCCCCUUUCCCGUUCCCCAUCCCUCCCUUUCCUCGGUCUGUUCCACCGGUUCCACCUCGCUUGCCGAAUGGCACCAUCCCCAUCCCUCCGCCAGGCUGGAUCCCACCACCGGGCCUGAUCCCUCCUCCAGGCCGUCCUAUCCCUCCUCCAGGCCGUCCUAUCCCUCCUCCAGGCCAUCCUAUCCCUCCUCCAGGCCGGAUCCCUCCUCCAGGCCGUACCAUCCCUCCUCCAGGCCGGAUCCCUCCUCCAGGCCGUCACAUCCCUCCUCCCAUCCCUCCUCCCUUCAUUCCUCCCCCUGCAGCUUUCCUCGGACCCCCUCCAUCUUUCCCUGUGCACACUGCGUACCCAUUACCCCCACGGCCUGCAGGCCCGUUGGAUAAACCUCCCCCUUUCCCUCGACCGCCAUUUCUCGCUCCGCCGUUCCCCAGGUUUAACCCCUUCGUCCCUCCGCCGGACUAUCCUGCCGCGCCGACAAAGAACCCUCACGAAGUCACGGUGGAAAAGGUUUUAGAAGUUAUUGUGGAUGAACUGAAGUCGAUCAUUAAGAAGGACAUAACACGCAGAGUGAUUGAAGGUGGGGCGUUCAAGGCAUUUGAGGACUGGUGGGACCGUCAAGAGAAGACAACAAAGAUCCAAGUUUCUCCGGUGAAGAGCGGAGCAGCGAGCGUUCUUCUGAAUCCACUCGGUCACAUCGGCGGCCAAAAGAGCCAAAAGCCUCCACUGCCGUCCUUCAGGGUAAAGAGGAGAAGAGACGAUGACGUCGUUACGUCAGAAGAGACAGAAACUGUAACGUGUUCUACUCACCAAAGCUCAGGUAACUAA